AUGUCGAAACCGAUAUUGGUUGGUUCUCUAAUUGUUCUGGCAAGUGUUUUUGUCUCGAUUGGGGUCAUUUUCAAAUGUCUUAAUGAUAUUGAUGAUCUACAAAUUGAAAUUAAGGAUGGAAUGCUGGAAUUCAAGGUUUUUUUUAUAUAAUGUCUUGAAGUUGAAGUUCUGAUAAUAUUUUAGGAAAUAACUCAAUCUACUUGGGCAGGUAUGGUCAGCAAACAUUUGAAUCCAACUGGUGAAAUUGGUGCACCUGAAACAUUCGAAACAUUAUUCGGAGUCCGCCGAACUCGUGGAGCAUUCGAUCAAUGUAAUUGUGGUCAAAAAUCACAAGGCUGCCCACCCGGUCCACCGGGUCCCCCAGGAGAGCCAGGAAACUCUGGAGAACCAGGAGAGCCGGGAUCUGAUGGUACUCCAGGAGCAAACGGUGCUGCUCUAUCCGCAACUCACAAUAUUCCCGGAGGUUGUAUCAGAUGCCCUCCAGGUAGACCAGGUCCACGCGGGCCACCAGGAGGUGUUGGAUCAGCCGGACAACCAGGAGAUAAUGGAAGAAACGGACCACCUGGUCCACCUGGAGGAAUUGGUGGACGAGGAGAGCCGGGAGAUUCUGGAAGACCUGGAAAUGCAGGAAGACCAGGGCCACCAGGACAAAGAGGUCAACCCGGAACACAAUAUCGACCAGGACAACCAGGUAGACCGGGACCACCUGGACUUCGCGGACAACCGGGAGCUGUUGGAAAUCCAGGGACACCUGGAAAUGAUGGAACACCUGGUCGUCCAGGAAAUAGCGGUAGAAAAGGUUCACUCGGAAGACCAGGAAAGAAUGGAAUUCCUGGACAUCCUGGAGAAAAUGCUCAACCUGGUGAAGAUGCCGGAUAUUGUCCUUGCCCAGCUCGUUAUGCAAAAGCUUGA